AUGUGCUGCUUAAAUAUUGCAGGAGAGUGGUUUAAUGUCGACCCUGAGGCAGUCAUUAGCCAGGCCCUGCAAACUGGUGGAGGUCCAAAUGUCUCUGAUGCCUACACCAUCAAUGGGCUCCCCGGGCCAUUGUAUAACUGCUCUGCCAAAGAUACAUUUAAGCUGAAGGUGAAGCCUGACAAGACUUACAUGCUCCGUUUAAUCAACACAGCACUUAAUGAUGAGCUAUUCUUUAGCAUUGCAAACCACUCAGUUACCAUUGUUGAUGUUGAUGCUGUUUAUGUCAAGCCUUUUGACACUGAGACACUCCUUAUUACACCAGGACAAACCACCAAUGUUCUUCUUAAGACCAAACCCUAUUCCCCUAAUGCCACAUUUUUCAUGACUGCAAGACCAUACGCAACCGGCCAAGGCACUUUCGACAAUUCAACUGUUGCUGCCAUUUUAGAAUAUGAAUCACCCAAAACCAUUCACUCAAGCCAGCUCUCUCUUAAAAAUCUUCCACUCUUUAAACCGACUCUACCUCCUCUAAAUGACACUGCCUUCGCUGCAAAUUUUACAAGUAAACUACGUAGCUUAGCAAGUGCACAAUUCCCUGCCAAGGUGCCCCAAAAGGUUGAUAUGAGAUUUUUCUUCACGGUAGGCCUCGGAACAAAUCCAUGCCCUAGAAAUCAAACUUGCCAGGGACCAAAUGGAACAAAGUUUGCAGCCUCAGUUAAUAAUGUAUCUUUCUCGUCGCCAACCACAGCUCUACUCCAGGCACACUUUUUUGGUAAAUCAAACGGCGUUUACAUUCCUGAUUUUCCAAUCACUCCAAUAUUUCCGUUUAACUAUACUGGCAACCCACCAAAUAAUACUAUGGUAAGCACCGGAACCAGGCUUGUAGUUAUGCCGUUUAAUACUAGCGUGGAGCUAAUUAUGCAGGACACUAGUAUACUUGGUGUUGAGAGUCACCCUCUUCACUUGCAUGGCUACAACUUCUUUGUUAUCGGUCAAGGUUUCAGAAAUUUUGAUCCAAAUAAAGACCCUGCAAAGUUCAAUCUUGUUGACCCUGUUGAGAGGAACACGGUCGGUGUCCCCUCUGGUGGGUGGGCUGCUAUCCGGUUCCAGGCAGACAAUCCAGGGGUAUGGUUCAUGCAUUGCCAUUUGGAAGUCCAUACAAGCUGGGGGUUGGAGAUGGCUUGGGUUGUCUUGGAUGGAAAGCUUCCCAACCAGAAGUUGAUUCCUCCACCAGCUGAUCUCCCCAAGUGUUGACAUUAAUUUGAGCUAUUAGUCCACAAGCUUUCUUCGAUUUUUUUUUUAUAACCAAGUUUUAUUCUUUGGCCUUUUUCAAUAUUUUCAUUGAGAGAUUAGUCUGCAAUGAUUAUAAAUUACAUGAGUGGAGUUGAGGAAAAAGAAGCGAUUGAAAUUUUUUAAUUUGUACAUCGUAAUA